UGCAAUUUUAAAGAAUAGUUUAAAUAAUUUUUGAUUUUUUUUUUGAGUGGGAAAGAGAAACGGGAACGAGGAAAAACCCGCUGGGCAGAAACCCGCAGGAAAAACCAUGUCUAAAGUGUAACACGCUGCGUAUACGCAACAAUUUUUUUUGAAGAAGUCACGCAUACGACGCGUUGUGCAAAAUGAUUAUGGUGCAACAUUUGGUGGCUGCCACGGCGCACAAUUUCGCCAGCCAGGCGGCAGCCCUAGCCAAUGUCUCGAGCUCCAGUUCGAGCUCUUCGCUGUCCUCCUCUUCAUCCCUAUCCUCGUCAUUAUCCUCCUCUUCGUCGUCGUCCUCCUCAUCCUCUUCGUCAUCCAGUUCGUCACUGUCCUCGGCCACGCCCACGCCUGUGGCAUCACCAGCGGCAGCAGCUGUGCCAGCUCCAGCAGAGGCCCCGCCAGCAGCAGGCGAGACCCCAGAGGCGGAGGAGCCCAUGGAGGAGGCUGCCAGCCAGGAAGAGCCCAAAACAGAGAAAGAGGUAGAGAAGCUGGUAAAGCUGGAGAAGCAGGAACGGGAACCAGAACCAGGUGCCAUAGAUGAUACCGAGUCAGGGUCGGCGCGGCAAAGUCCAAGUCCAGCUGCGUCUGCGUCUGCGUCUGCGUCCGCUGCCAAGUCCCAGGAGCUAGCGCCAGCCCAAGAAGAGAUCAGCGCCCCAGCGGUCGCCGUCGCCGUCGCGGCGGAUGAGGAGGAGGAGGAGACCGAAUCUCUGGCACCGGACUGCCGCGAGUUCAAAGUGCUGUACAACCAUCUGAGGCAGCAGCAGCACCACCAAUCCUCCCCAGACAAAACUCGCAGCACCCUGGACGAUGUCUCCAAGAUCCUGUGGGAGCGCAAGCAGCAGCUCCAGCGGAGCUCCGUCAUUACCAGCAACGUGCAGGCCGCCGCAGCAACCCAGCUCCUGCCGCAGCCACAGCACAGGGAUCCCGAGGAAAGCCAGCAGCAGCCCAUGAGCGACAUCGAGGACGAAGAGACCCUCGAGGAUGCGGACGAGGCCGAGGCCGAUGCGGAUGUCGAGGCGGACGCAGACGACGAGGAGCUCCUCGAGCAGUACCAGGACGGCUACGACUCGCCCCUGGAUCUGUCCCUGAGCAGCGCCACCAGCGCCGCCGCUAAUGCAGCAGCAGCCGCCUCUGCGGCCAGUCGCCGGCGGGGACGCACCUACUCCGGCACGGAGUCGGACGAUUCGGCCCAGUGCGAGCGGGCGAGGAUGCGCCUCAAGCCGGAGCGGAAGGCGGAGCGUUCGGCGGCCUACAAGAAGAGCUUGAUGAAGCGAUACUAUACCGAAAUUCCUAUUGUCAAACAAUCGACGAGUCCAGCACCACAGCAACAACAACAGCAGCAGCAGCAUCAGCAGCAACAAAUCCUGCAGCAGCAGCAACACCAGCAGCAGCAGCACAACGGAACCGCCUUUGGUGGUGGCACCACACUGCUGCACAUCAAGACGGAGCAGAACCCGUUGCUCACGCCGCUCCAGCAGCAGCAGCAGCAGCAACAGCAACAGCAGCAUAGCUUACAUGGAGGUGCAACGGGCGGCGGCACCAAUGGUGGUGGCAAUAACGGGAACAACAACAACAGUGCACACCAGCAGCAGCAACAACCACUGGCCAUACCGCACCGGCCCCUGUUGCACAAUCUGCUCAGCGGCGGCGCCAUCCACAAUCCACAUCACAGGAACUACACGACGGCCACAACAGGUUCAUUUCCGCCCAGUCCCGCGGAUAGCGGCGUAUCCGAUGUGGACAGCUCGAGUUCCGGCGGCCAGCCCUGCGCCGACGAGCUGAAGGCGCGCCUGGGCAUGCCCGCUGCCACGUCAGCAUCGGCAGCGGCGGCAGCAGCAGCAGCCGCGGCGACAGCGGCGCACCUCCACACGGGCACCUUUCUGCAUCCGAAUUUAUACCAGAACAAUGCCGCGAAUUCUCUGAGGAACAUAUGGAAUCGCAGUGUUGGGGUGCCCGACAAUUACUAUGGCAGCAGUGGAGGCGGUAGCGGCGGCGGCGUCGGCAAUCCAGGGGCGCCCGGCAACCCCCCGACCCCCAGCUACCUGACAACGUCCUACUUCAACGCACCGACGCAGCAGCAGCGAAGCUCUGCCGUCAACGGCUAUCAUUCCCUGCACCAGCAGCAGCAGCAGCAGACGCAGCAGCAUCAAUCCCAGCAGCAGCAGCAACAAGCGUACGCGCAGCAGCAGCAGCAACAGCAGCACCCGCACUCGCAGCUGGCGCCUCCCUCGCAUCCACAUCCGCAUCCACACCAAACGCAGCAGCAGCACACGCAUUCCACAAUCGCCAAUGCAGCGGCGGCAGCAGCGGCGGCCUCCGUUGUGAGCAGCAGCAGCAGCGCGGUGGCAGCGGCCGCCAUGCUUAGCGCCAGUGCAGCGGCGGCGGCCGCCUCGCAGAGCGUCAUCCAACCGGCGACGUCGAGCGUCAGCUAUGAUCUCUCCUACAUGCUGGAGCUGGGCGGCUUCCAGCAGCGGAAGGCGAAGAAGCCGCGCAAGCCGAAGCUGGAGAUGGGGGUGAAGCGGCGCAGCCGGGAGGGCUCCACCACCUACCUGUGGGAGUUCCUCCUGAAGCUGCUGCAGGAUCGCGAGUACUGUCCUCGCUUCAUCAAGUGGACGAACCGGGAGAAGGGCGUCUUCAAGCUGGUCGACUCGAAGGCGGUGUCGCGCCUCUGGGGCAUGCACAAGAACAAGCCGGACAUGAACUACGAGACGAUGGGCCGCGCCCUACGCUACUACUACCAGCGCGGCAUCCUUGCGAAGGUCGAUGGUCAGCGACUGGUCUACCAGUUUGUCGAUGUGCCCAAGGAUAUAGUUGAGAUCGAUUGCAAUGGUGUCUGAGAGAGGAGAGGCGAUCGGCAGGAUCAGCAGGAUCGGGCGGCUGUAAAUAGAUGUAAUCCGAGAUCGGUUCAGAUCGGAUCAGAUUCAGAUCGAUGGCAAUAUGUUCUGGGGAGCGUAAUAACCGUAAUAACCGGCUAGCGGCAAUAGUAGCAAGGGAUGGCUACGCGAGGGAGGGAUGGAUUUCCUUGUAUAUUGUAUGUGUUGAAUUUUUUUUCAUUAUGUCUAACGCGGAAGAGUAUAAAUUACAUAGAAUAGAUGAUAGUCCCAAUAUACCCCAGAGAUAUACCCUGUACCACUGUACCCCUGGUCCACAGACACACACACACACACACACACACCCACACACGCACACACACAGACAUACACAGAGAGACCCUACAUAAAUAAUGAUCUAUUCAUUGGCGUUAGUGUUGUACUUUUAACUGUAACCUUAACUAUAGUUCUAACUGUACGAUUAAUGAAUAAUGAAUAUUGUUAUUAUUGGUUAUUCUAUUAUUAUCACUAUUAUUAGUAUGAUGAUUAUUAUUAUUGCGGAUGGAAUGGACCGACUCUUACAGAUAUUCGAUAUAUUCGUGGUACGCGGAUGGUGUACAUUCAUAGGAGUACAAGUAGAUAG